AUGGCUUUGAAAUACGUUCUCAGUUGGGCUCAGCCGCUCAAUGGCGCAUACAAAUUGUUACCCGUCAACCCGUGUUUUUACGUUCAGAGCAUGUCUGUUCAUCACCAUAAUGAAGCUCAUGACAUGUUCUUAUUUCUUGGAAUUAAGCGGUCUCAGCGUGCAAGAGCGAACCGUAAUACUCAUAUAAACGAAAGGUCUAGAAAGAAGCCUAGAGGCCGAAAAAUGGUUCUGAUAGAUAUCCCUGAGGAUAGCAUGGAACAGAAAAUGGAAGCAAUGACACCUAUGGAAAUGAGGACUUAUUUGUUAAAAAAAGGUUUGAAUCCAUAUAAACAUAUGCAACCACGUGCAUGGAGCGAGCAUCAAAUAACAUUCCAAACAUUUGGUCAGCACUUUUUUACAUAUCCUUACAAACAGCGUUUUCACGAAAGUUUUAAAACAGGAGAUGUGUUGGAACCUAAUGUUUUACCAGAUGAUUUUUUGCGAGGGCCAUUGUCUGAUAAAACAGCCGAAGCGAAACAGCGCAUGCUUAAUAGGUGGCAUAAUUAUAAAAAUGGUUCAGCACGUAUUCGAAAGAAGGAAGGAUUUGAAAAUUUUGACGCUAAAGCUUUCGGUCCGACCGCUGACAUUAUUUAUGAAGAAGCGCAUAAGGCUUUAUUGGCGAGGGACAAAAGUGCUAUUCACAGAUAUUUAACUGAAAAUGCUUUUCAAAAAAUGUGGCCUGAUGUGCAGAAUGGAAGUGUUGUAUGGGAGUUGGUUGAACGGAUCGAACCCUCAAAAGUAGUUGCUAUACGGUGUGCUGAUGUUCCUUUAAAAUCUGGCAAUGAUAUCGCACAGCUUACAGUACGUAUGCAUACAAAACAGAAACUGGCAAUCUACGAUCGCUUUGGUCAUUUGAUACUUGGGUCGGAGAGCGAGAUUCGUCCAGUUCUUGAAUACGUUGUCUUUGAAAACCAUAUUGCAAGCGUAGAUGGUGUGUGGCGAUUACAUGAGAAGCUAUAUCCCAAAUGGGCACAGACAAAACAGCCUUCACUAUUUUCAGGAUAUUCAGGUAUGUCAAACAAUAAAAUGGAAGAGGGCGAGGGGGAGCCUAAAAAAGUCGAGGUGCAAAGUGUUGAAGAAGAUGAUGAGUUCGAGGAGUUUCCCUUACAGGACUGGCAGGCAAAAGAAAACGCUGAUGAUGAUGAAGUUUGUUGGGGAUUGAAUUUUUGUCUUUCAAGUUGUUCUUCUACGUUAUUUUAUUGUCGCAUCUUUUCAAAAAUGCUUCGAGUGAAAAAGCUAAAUUUUUUUGUUGGGAUAUUUACUUAUUAUUUAGGAACUGAACGUUUGGGAGGACAACUGGGACGAUGAAA